GUAAUUAAUUUACAUCACAUAGAACGUAACUCAUGUCACGUAAUAUAAAUGACAUAGUAUAGGGUGGCAGUGGAGUUAAUGUGACACCAAUGUAUUCCCUCGUGAGGGAAUUCGUCUGGCAACUGGCAACAGUGGUUACGGCAACCCUGUUUCCUACUUCUCUGUAACGAGAUAGGAAGUCGUUCCUUAGUUUUGUGACUACAUUGUAAAAGUAUUUAAAUAUUAUUAGUGUUUCAUAAAAAUUAAUUCUACCUUACGUUCCGGAGUUAAAUGUAUUGUAAAAAACUAUUUUUAUGUCCUGAAACUAAUUAUAUUUGAAGUGCUUUAACUUGAACUCAAAACAUGUAUCCAAGAAAUAGACAAAGCCAAGGCUAUCCCAAUAUGAGAAACCAAAGUAAUCCAAAUGUAUCAUAUCAAGGUCAAAGCACUGAACUAGUAGCUAUACAACAAUACCGAGGAGGUCUAUUCAGCCAGGGGCUAGUUCGUCAGUUACCCCCAUAGCGUAGCUUGCCAUAGGCCAUAUUUUUAAUAACAUACUGAACUGAUGUUUACAUAACAUUUUAGGCUAAACUGUUUGUCAUUAUUAGUAAUUAUGCUUUAGGUACAAACUAAAAAUAAACUUGUUUUGGUACUACAUAUGUAGGUUUCUCUGAAAUAUUAUUUCAUAAAUUUAAGGAUUAGGAUUUAAGAUUUAAAGUUACAAAAUAUAAAAAUGGCACAUGUAAGUUUUCUGUAUUUUUAAAUCUACAUUAUUUAUUAAAUUUUAUUUCACAAUUAGCUUAAGUGUUUGUUUUCAUAAACAUGUGCAAACUUUAUACACAACAUGUUACAAAACUAUAUUUAUUAUUGAUAUAAAGCAUAUAGUAAUGAAACUUUUACUUAGGCUUGAAAAUCUUUAUUCUUCUUCUUACUCUCCUUUUAUUCUCCUUUUACUCUCCUUUUUUCUAUUUUCUGUUGUAUGUAAACUCAGUUCAGUUAUACAUAAGGAAAUAUAGGCCACAGAAAUAAUUUGGCUGGUAUGAGUUAUGGGAGUAGCAUUAGACUGCUUUCAAGUGCAUAUGCGAUGCUAGACCUUGGUGGGAUAGCACAACCGUACAGGUUCCUUGUGUAGCGGCGACCCACCCUAUGUUUUGCAGUACAAUCAGCAAGCCAGUUUUCAAGCAACACAACCUCCUCCAAAUCAACAAAGUAAUUACAAACAAGGAAGUUCACAAAAUGCACAACCAUUUAAACCGCAGCAACAGCAACAACAACCACAAAUGCAACAGGUAGCAGCAAGGAAUUUGCAACAUAGCAAAUCUCAGCAACCACAAAUGCAACAAGUAGCAGCAAAGAAUCUACAACAAGGGAAACCACAACAACAGCAACAACAAUUGCCACAGCAAAUUAAACAACCACAACAAUCCAUUGCCAAUUCUCCUCAAAGCCAAGCUCAACCACAGCCUCAAUCACAGUCCCAACAACAGUCUCAACCACAGCCUCAAACACAAUCACAAUUUCAACCUCAAAUGCAACGGUUGAAACCAAUUUUAAAACUACCUCUCCAUAAUCAGCAACAAAGUGCAAUUGCUAUGCAAAAUAAUCCUGUUUCAUCUUCUCAACCAUUAGUUCCUACUCCAACAUCUCCCUUAACAACUAACUCUAAUCCUACACCUCCAACAUGUAAUAGCAUAUCUGAAAUAAAGAAUGAAAAUCAAGUGCCUGAAGAUACAGAUACUAAAAUAGAAGAACAACUUCCAAGAUGGAGGCGUAAAGCACCUGGAUUUAGAGUAAAUAAAAGACUGAAACGACUUCGUUUGAAUCAACGUCUACGAAAGACAUUGCAACCCAAGAAUGCAAUUAUGGUACUAAAUGAAAUGAAACCUGGAGUCCAGUUCACAUUUCCUGAAACUCAAGGACCUAUGCCAAACUCCCUGUAUCUCGUUCAUGCAGAGCUUGAUGGUAAAACUUAUGUUGGGCAAGGAUUAUCUAAACCACUUGCUCGUCAAAAUGCUGCUGAAAAUGCGUUGAAAGCAUUAUUACUUGAAAAAAUGACAGCAGCAUCUAUGAAAGCACGUAUUGAUGCUGAAUCAGAUGGACAAUCAGUUCAAUCUAUGGAUUCAUCUACUAUAUCAAAAGAGGAAAAUAACGAAGAAGGUGUAACACCAAUGGAUACUGCUGUUGAUGAAAGUGAUGAAAUUCCAUGGAGCUCUUUGGCUAGUUUUGCAUUGUAUAAACUUUUCCUUGAAUGGCAUAAUCAAGGAACAUCAGUUCCAGUUCCAAGACCAGGAUUACCAUCACCUGUUAAAGGAAUUAAAAGAGAGAUUUCUCAUGUUCAAAAAACUCCAGUUCAGAAAGAACUUCCACCUAAUGCAACAAACAUACACCCUGUAAUGUUAUUAAAUCAAAUGAGACCAGGUUUAACAUAUGUAGAACUUAAUCGAGUUGGUAAUCCACCAAAUACAAUGUUUACUCUUGCUGUUGAUAUUGAUGGCAUUGAAUAUUCAGGAACAGCAAAGAACAAAAAGGAUGCCAAGAAAAUAGCAGCAAAAUCUGCACUCCUUGCUUUGUAUGGUUUAAAUUACCCAGAUGAAGUUUCAUCAGUAAUGGACCAACCAAUAGCUUAAAACAUCAUACAGACAUCAUUAAUUUUUGUAAUAUAUUAUAAAAUAAUACUAUUACAUUAUAGUAUUAUUCAUACUAUUACUCAUUUUACUUUGACUGCUUUAAUUCAUAUAUUGCGUGAAUUAUAGCAUAUUACAAAAGAUAUUCGAAAAAUUUGAGAAUUGCAACGAGGAAAAAGAUUUAAAUAUAUAAACAUGUAGAAUUCAUUUAUACAUUAUUUUUAGUAUAUCUUAUUUUUCAAUCCAACGGCCUUGAAAACGGCCUUAGUUGUUUGAAUUACAGAACUAAAAUU